UGUAAACCAGUCCAGCGCGACCAAGAGAGAGAGAGAGAGAGAGAGAGAGAGAGCACAAGCGGCUGUUGAGGGCUUUGCCAAGCUCGAGGCGUUUGUUGUCGUCAAACCGGUCAACAACGUGCGCAUUGUGUAUUUGAUAAACAAAUUGAACUCGAGAAUGUGGCUCAGGUGGGCGCAUCUUCUUUUGGCACUGCUGCCAAUUCACCUGAUUUUCGGGCAAAUAAACGACAUUGUCAGAAAGUCUCUCCCAUCGAUAGCCUGUACUAGCUACAAGAAGUCCGUCUUCGAGGAGCAGAUUGGUUACAGUUUUCUCUUCCCCAAUGCGCCCGUCAUGUACGAGACGAUUGACAAUUGUCUCAGCUACACGCCCCUGAUUGUGGGCGGUCAGCCUGCCGAUCCCAAGGAGUUUCCGCAUGUGGCACGGCUUGGACACCGCAGCGAGUGGGAGCGGGCAAAGAUCGAAUGGUUCUGCGGCGGCACGCUGAUUAGCGACAGAUUCGUACUGACUGCCGCCCAUUGCUUUGAGUCAGAACAGGGAGAGCUGAACGUGGUUCGUUUGGGUGACUUGGAUUUCGAGAAUGACCAAGAGGACGCAUCGCCCAGAAACUAUGCUGUGGCCAAUUACUACCGACAUCCGCAGUUUAUCAGUCCAGCGCUCUAUAAUGACAUUGGCAUGGUUAAGCUGGCCGAACGCGUUCAAUUCGAUCGAUACAAACAUCCGGCGUGCCUGCCCUUCGAGAGUGGCCAAAAUAUGCCUUCGUUUAUAGCCGUCGGCUGGGGCAGCACUAACUUCGCAAGCAAAUCUUCGGCAAAGCUGCUGAAGGUCAAGCUCAAUUAUAUUGCAGAUGAUGUAUGUCGCCGCGUUAUUGGAAAAAGCGAUGACUAUCCACGAGGAUUCGAGCCGGCCACACAAAUGUGCGUGGGCUCUUCGAGAGCAAUGGAUACUUGUAGUGGAGAUUCCGGUGGACCUAUUCUUGUUUACCACAAGGAGUAUCCGUGUAUGUACCAUGUGAUGGGCAUUACGUCAGCGGGUAUUGCCUGCGGUACACCGAGAAUUCCCAGUAUUUAUACGCGCGUGUACUACUAUUUGGAUUGGAUUACACAUAUUAUGGCAAACUUUUAGUAUAUUCACAAUAAUUAUAAACAGUAA